UACCUUGCAUUGCAGUGAAGAGAGGGACUGCAGUACUGCACAGAAUCAUCAGGUGUCGCUGUUGCUAAGAUCCGGUUAGGUUAGUUACUCAGACUGAGGCAGCGGUGACGUCACAUUUGUAAACAAUUAUGGCGGACGAAAAGAAAGGAGGAUUAGACACAGUGACACAGCAGGCACCUCCCUACCCGGGGGCUCCUCCCUACCCCCAGGGGCAGCCUCCUCCCCAGGGUGCUUAUGGACAGGCACCACCGCCCUACCAGGUCCAACCCACCACCUACGUGUUCACCAACACAGCUGGACAGCAGCCUGCAUAUGUGCAGCAUGUUGCACCUGGCCAGGUGAUCCACACAGGCCCGGUUCCUGAGGACUACCUGGUGUUUGCCAUCAUCACCACCAUCUGCUGUUUCUGGCCUACUGGCAUCUGCGCCAUACUCAAGGCAGUGGAGACCCGUGACCUGAUCGCCCGCGGUGACAUCGCCCGCGCAAACGAGUCCUCCCGCAGGGCAAAGAUGCUCUCUAUCCUCACCCUGUGCAUCGGGCUGUUCCUGGUCCUGGGGGUCAUCGUUUACAUGAUCGUACUCUUCACAGUCCUGCUGCCCAAGUGGACCCAUGAUGGUUACUAGUGGCAGCAUUGUUUGAUCCCCAGGUCACGCUGAUCUGAUUACCUGGUUCUUAGGUUAGAAAAUCAAAAGCUGAACUGGAGUAUCAACAUGAAAACAGAGUACAAAGGCCUGUACCUACAGGGAACACAGGAUUGGGCUGUCUCAAGAUGUGAAUUUUUUUUACAUCACACUCAAUGUUUGGGAGCCCAGGUUGUCAAUUUCCAUUGUUAAGUCUAUCAUUUUAAGCUUAGAAAAAUACAUAUUCAUCAGUUAUUGUCAUAUAGUUCAGAAUUUGGACAGAUUUCUGUCCCCAGACAGAGGGAACAGGUCCUAGAGGCAGCCCUGCCAUAGACAAAUUUUCUUCUUCCAUUUUCAUCUUGACUUGACUAAUAAGUACACUUGAAAAAGUCUAAGAACCAAGGAAACAAAUCAGUGUGCACAUGGAUGAUCUUUUGCAGAUGGACCAGUUACUGUGAAGGUCACUGUUGUUAGCCUCCUGUUGUUUUAACAGAUGGUGUAUUAGUCUCUACAGCUACAUUUGUAUGUGCCUUUUUGCUCUAUCUUUUAAGUCAUUUGUUACACAAGGACACCUGUAUCUUCAGAGUUUUGUAAGGUAGAGAGAAGACCACUGAUAGUAAUAUGUGAGCAUACUUCAGAGAUGAAACAUCAGGAAACAGCAUUCAUUCCAGGAAUUAAUUCUGACCAGACUUUCUCGACACUUGUUUUAUAAAAUGAUGAACUUAUGAAUAGAGCUAGGGGAUACAAAUCAUGUAAGGGUUCAAUAUGCUUGACUGGUCCACCUUUGGAAUUUUAGAACAUACAACAUGUACUGCUAGUAGGUCUCAAUACGUUUUGUGGUAAAUGCAGUUGUACAGAUUCAGAUGAAGGAAAGAAAGAGCAGGCCCUUUUUUACAAUAUACAAAAAAGUGUCUUUUAGAGGUUGACGAUGUCAUGGGGUUGUAAGAAUGAUUGUAAAGAUACAUGUACAUGGCACUUGUUUUAAUGAUAUCUCAAUGUCCUAAUAAUAAGCAACAAGCAAGCUCUACUUUAAUCUUUUCAGGCAAAACGAUACAGUUUUAUUACUGUUUUCACUUAGGUGUCAUACUUGUGUAUCUCUUUUUGUAUGUGCUAACUAGAGUGAUUGUGUGUAUCAAUAUGAUACUGUCAUUUUGUCUCACUGGUUUUAAAGUGUAGUAGGAACUCUUUUUAUAAAAUGUUUUACAAUUAUAUAGACAGAUAUAUAAAUCAAUCCCAGGUAGUGUUAUGAUGCUAUAUAGGGUUAAAUCCUUUUAAUGAGUACUCAAGGUUUACUAUACACUACCCAUUACAUGUAUGUACGAACUUACUAUAGAACACCUUUAUGUCAUUCACUUUCAACCUAUUUCUGUUUGACUUUGAAGAAGAUUUCUGCCCAAAUAAAAGGUGAUCUUCACCAAUAAUAUUA